AUCUGUCGCCGUUUGAUGACGUAAACGUUAUGUCGUAAACAUGGCGGAGAAAGAAUCGCUGGAGAGACAAAUCAAAUUUCUUGGUGACCUCAUCAAUGAACAUAAGAGGGUCCAUGGUGACGGACUGUUUCCAUCAGCUGUCCAGAGGGAUCCACAAGCUCCAACAUCAGCCAGAGGCAGAGGUGGCAGCACAUACUUCAAUUCAUACAACUCCAGAGGGAGACAUUAUGCCCCUGCCCCUGCAACUGAGUACGCAGGGAGUUGGAGGAAAACACAUUUUCUCAGAAACAAGAAUCCUCAGUCCUCUACUGGAUGUCCUUCAGCUCCAGCCUCCUCCUCCUCCUCCGUGGUUCAUUCUAGUAUCCGGCCUGCGACUCGCAGCAUCUCACUGCCCAACUCUAGCAGAGGAGAUAGCGGUGAUAAAACCAAAACGGCUGCUUUAUCGUCAGGGUUUGCUCAGCAGAAGAAAGAUGGCCACACUUGCAACAUCGCGGGAAUAGAGAAAGAUCCAGCAAAGGUUGGGUCCAUAAAUGGUUCAUAUCCACGUUCAAGCUCAACAGGCCCAAGCUCGCAACACAAACAGACCGGUACUACAGAAUUACCCCCCUCUCUUCUGUCGAAAGGAGCAAAACAAGCUCCCCUGGCAACUGCGUCUCUCACCGGCAAGGCUCCAGCCACCAAGUCUUUUGAAAAAAAAUCCAAGUUCACGUGGGUGAAGAGCCAAAAUGAUGGAGUGUUGGAAUCCAAGCCAGGCACCUCCAUUUCUCCAUCCGUGGAACAAACUGUCAGUGUUUCUCCAACGUCAGCCCCCAAAGCUGCGUCCGCCAGUGGAAGCUCCUCCACAAUUGCUAAGAAAACCCCUGCCAAGAAGCUACCGCGAAAGCUUAGCCCGGCCGCUGCCGCGUCAAAGAUCUCCAAGUACAAAUGGGUUUCCUCCUCCUCCACCGGAGCCCAAGCCAAGACCUCUGAAAAAUCACCUGAAACCCUGCUUCUCCUUCAGAGAGCUCACGACACGGGAGAGGCCACCAAGAGACUCAGAGGUGAUCGUAGUCACAGAGGAGUGAGAGGCGGCCUGUUUGUUUCGCCGUCUCGUGCCUCCCCUCCGUCUUCCUCCCCCGGAGGUUUCAAACUCCGCAGCAGGAUGAAGAUCAUCAGGAAGUCUGCCAACAGUGGAGGUGGGUCAGAGAGGGGAAGCAGCCCGUCAGCAGGGAAGAACUUCCCGCAGGGACGAACGCACUCCUCGACAAGGACUCCCCCGGGCGUCAGGAGGACGCCCUCCAGGGACCUCGUGCCUUUUGGCCGGCACAAGUUGAGGCGGCUCUCCCCCAUGUCACCGAGAGCAGGUCCCGCCUCCUUUUCCCACUGUAGCCCCGCCUCCCAGCGGGUGUUCAAGACGCGCUACAACAUCGUGACCCGCCCGGGCUCCAGCACCUCGCACGCCUACCACUACAGCCACAGCCACACCCACUCGUGGAAAGUCAAACGGGCCCAGGCAGCCAGGAGUUUCCAUCAGAGCAGACCGCGUUCCACUCAAGACAGACACCCGUCGCCCACCCAGCACUGGAGAGGAAGUGACAUGUGCUGGAUCGGCGACUCCCUUUACCGGGUGUCGCCCAAUAAGCUGUCCCGCACUGUGGUGUCCAACAUCAGCCCAACAGGACGGCCGUGCAGCCCCAACGUCUCACCCAUGACUCCGACUUGGAACCGACCCUCCAGCACUCGUCACUUAGCCAGCCGUGCAGUUCAGCGGAGCCUCGCUACAAUCAGACAGGCUCAUCAGAAGAAGCAGCAAAAGCAGUACUGUAUGUAUUACAACCGCUUUGGCAAGUGUAACCGCGGCGACAGCUGUCCCUACAUCCACGACCCGGACAAGGUGGCUGUUUGCACCAGGUUUCUGCGAGGGACAUGCAAACAGGCAGACGGGAUCUGUCCAUUCUCCCACAAGGUGGCCAAGGAGAAGAUGCCGGUGUGUUCGUACUUCCUGAAGGGAAUCUGCAGCAACAGCGACUGUCCCUACAGUCACGUCUACGUGUCGCACAAAGCUAAAGUGUGCGAGGACUUCGUCAAGGGCUACUGUCCCGAAGGAGAGAAGUGUAAGAAGAAACACACUCUGCUGUGUCCGGACUUCUCCAAGACGGGAUCCUGCCCCAACGGCAGCCGCUGUAAGCUGAAGCACCGGCACAACGCCAAGCGGAGCUCCAGCAGCGCCUCCUCGAGCCACGCGACCAAGAGAGCUCGCACCGAGGCGCCCGCCGCCACCCCCGAGAGGCCACAGGCAGAUUUAGUGACACCUAUCCAUGGUCCUCUGACGCUGCCGUCCUUCAUCUCCCUGUCGUGCUCCCCGGAGGAGCCGGAAACAUCGGACACACAGCCAACCAAGGUCAAAGCAAAAGGGCUACAGAUCAAACCUCGGCUCAAGACCUCUGAGAGCGGCGGCGGCGGCGGCGGCAGCAGUGGAGCUUCAGGUUUGUCCUGACCUGUGUUUGUGUCUCUUUCCUCUGAACCUUUUACCUCAGGAAAGUUUUAUCCCAUGUGUCAUCGACUUUGUCAGGUCUACAGAACAUAUCAAUUUGGAUGUUUGUAAGUUUUUUUUGUCUGAAGUUUUUGUAAAUGUCCAA